AUGCUUACUCACUAUCAGAUGCUCGAGGUGAGCCGCUCUGCGGAUCUUGGAGCGAUCAAGAAAGCGUACUAUAGGAUCUCAUUACUAUACCACCCUGACAAGACGGUGCAUCUGCCUGAUGCAGAGCGCACCCAGCGUGAACAACUGUUCAAACUUGCCAACGUAGCCUUCGAGGUACUUUCAGACCCCCAGAAACGCAAAGCCUAUGAUCAGACAGCGCCUGACUUUCACUGGCAUUAUUGCCAGUUGAAUGAGUACAGUAAAUACACAACACUCACAUACAAUAAUUGGCUGGGAUGGAACUUCUCAAUCAUGGUUGCAAGCCAUUUCAAGGUUGUAGCAAGGCCGGUCAUACCACAGAAGCCAGUGUCGGAGUCCAUCGUCGUUCGCCUGCCCUUACUGCGAAAAGGAAAACAUGCGCCCUGCUCACCUCACAAUAUAGCCAUUGAUCUUCGUGGGGUACCUGGAAAUAAGCACACGAUUCUCUGCUCGGCACUCGUAGAGUCGCAAGCCGCAGGCCUGGAAGUGGUCGUGGAACUUGCCAUCGCACCUGAAACAGCACAACCAAUCGCCCAAGGACCAGUCUCGUGGAAGUGGGCUUACAGUAUCGACCACAGGCCUCUUGCUGUUUCCACGCAAGCUAGAGUUACAAGCACCUUGUUCUAUCCCUACAAGCCCUUCAUGGCCAUUGCCCCGCGUGGAAGUAUGCCUGCCCCGCCCUACCCGGAGGGAUCGCCUAUGCGCGGACUGUUGUCACAAUUCCCUGGUAUCAAAAUUGAGGAACCAGAGUCGGACUCUUACUGCGUAAGGGAGGAGCAGCAGGGUAAGACGGUGUGGCGACUCACUGCAGUGGGUUCUAUGUAGCAUACACCUUGUGGAUUUUACUCGAG